ACCCACUGCCACCCUUCUCCCUCCGCCAGUCCGCCUCCCUGCAGCCGUGCUUCCCCUCUCCCUCUCCUCCUCACGCCGCCAGUAGAUCCACCGUAGUAGGCCCGGAUCCCGGGCUCCCCCCGCCGGAUCCGUCGCCUGCCGUCCCGAGAGGGCAGUUCCUGCUCUUCCCGGCUGAGGCACGGCUGCUGUGUGGCUGGGUGCCGCCACCACCUCACGGGCGGCGCGGCUGCAGCUCGCCCCGGGUGCGGCCUCUACUGCACCUGCCCCUCGGCUGAGGCUCCUGACGACGUCGUCCAGCGCGGGUGCCGCCCUCCUCAGCUGGCAGCGCCUGCCCCUCGCCUCCCAGAUUCGCCCUCCUCUGCUGGCAGCGAGGGCAGGCGGCUUAGCCCAGGCGCAGAGGCUCCUGACGGCCUCGUCCAGCACGGGCACCGCCCUCCUCGGCUGGCAGCGCCUGCCCCUCGCCUCCCAGAUUCGGAGUGAGGUCCACUCCGUCCCCCUCCUUUCUCCCAGACCCAAUCUGCCCGCAAUGUUUUUGUGUUUAUGCCAACUCGUGCGAGGUCCCCCGUGAAGUCGUGGAGUGCUCGUUAGGUUGUGGGUUGCAGAGAAGCUGCUUUGGUGAUCUCUUGGCUACAUGAUGCGCGGUACUAGGUCCGGUACUAGGUCCGCCAGGAUGGGAAUUUGAGGUCAGGUAAUUGAAACCAUAUUAUUGCCCCCAAAUAUUUGUUUCAUGUGCCUCGUUAAAUAGGAAUAAUAUGUAGGCAUUAUUAGUAUUUGAAGUUCUCUUGAGUAAAAUCUGGGUAGAGUGAAAGUAAGUAAAACACGGCAUUGUAUGCAUUAGUUACCAAGACAUCUAGCUUUUGCCAGUCCCAAGAUAGUGUCCCGUUCUUGUUUUCCUUUUAGGCCACCCUUUUUUAGUGCAUGUGCUCAAAUAUACAUGGUAGGUUUAUUGAUAAUUAGUUCUACAAAUACAAAGGACAUCAGUAUACCUUCUCUAGAGUAUUAGCUUUUUAUUGUAUACUCGUUUGUAUAUUCAUGUUUAAUCUCUUGUAGUGUGAUUUGGACUGAUUAUGUCCCCCUGAAUUACAUUUUUAGCUGCUCUAGCUAGUUGAUAACAAUGGAACUAUUCCAUCUUAGUUUUCCAAGAUCAAGGGCUUUAUAGGUUGAUUAAUCACUUGAUGGGUUUGCAAUUUAUUUCUUGCAAGUGUUAACAGAUGUUUAAUUUCUAUUCUCGUACAAGGACCUACAUUGACAAGAAGUGCCCAUUCACUGGAACUGUUUCCAUCAGAGGCAGGAUUAUUGCUGGAACAUGCCAUAGUGCCAAGAUGAACAGAACCAUCAUUGUUCGCAGGAACUACCUCCACUUCGUUAACAAAUAUCAGAGGUACGAGAAGAGGCACUCCAACAUUCCCUCUCUCAUCUCCCCAUGCUUCCAUGUCAAGGAAGGUGAUCAUGUCAUCAUUGGCCAGUGCAGGCCCCUGUCCAAAACCGUGAGGUUCAAUGUUGUGAAAGUCAUCCCAGCUGGAUCCACCGGUGGCAGCGGCGGGAAGGCCUUCACCGUGGCUUGAGCUUUAGACUAUGUUCCAUGAGUAGUCUAUAGAAUGAUGUCUUUUUGCUAAAAAUUCCUGCUAGGCUGGUGUUUUCGACUAUGGUUUGGUGAUUGUUCGCUGUCUGAAUGGAGUCUCGUCACCGGAACCUUAUUCGUAUGAGGUUAUAUUUGGGCUGUAAUUGCUUAUUGUGCUUUGGGCUGAAACUUUUGUUUUGGUAAAUGGGUUGUGUAUAAAGCUGAAUUUGGUUAGCUAAUAAUAGAUGUUGGGCUGAAAUCAGGCCCACUUUGAA